AUGCGGAAUCUGGGGCGGGUCGUUCUAGGAGCACUCGCGGCUGCUCUGAGAAACCCGGGAGGGGCUGUCAGGAGCGACUUCGCAAAAGCUUUGAAAUGCGUUCGAAGCCUAAUAGACUUCCACUUAAUGGCGCAAUAUGGGAGUCAUACAACGAGCACACUGGACUAUAUGGAGAGCUAUCUCGAGGAUUUCCAUAAACACAAGGAUAUCUUUUUAGAAUUCAGGGCGUACAAGAAGACGUUAAAGGAUGCGAGAGAUCGAACGAAAGCAAUUAGUGGCUCCCAGAGCACCCAGCGAGGCUUGGAGGAGAUCCGGGAGAUUCGGGAAAGAUCGCACUUCAACUUCAUCAAAUUGCAUGUCUUAAUGCACUACCGGGAGCACGUUGAGCGCUUUGGUAGCAUUCCUCAAUACUCCACGGACGUCAGCGAGCUUGCCCAUGUACGGCAGGUAAAAGAAGCUUACAGAGCGUCCAACAAGGUUGAUGCUGCGACGCAGAUACUGGACUAUGGAGGGAGGCGAUUGGCGUUAGAGAUUCGAAUUCUGAAUCUGAAAGACAUCGUCGGAGGUUCUGAGAGCACUGACGACAUCCUCUGGAGCCAUCGGGAUAACCUCAAGGAGUUGCUCGACAUUUUCAAGAUCGAGGACCGCAAGAAAACGCCAAAUGAACGCUCAAUAGUAGAAUGCGGACUGCCCCUGAAGCGUCUUUGCAACCCCUCCGCGAAAUCGGAAAGACUUUUCAACGUGGCAGACGGACUGCAAAUGAGCCAUCUCACGCUAUAUCGCCUGAUAAAGGAGUAUGCCGAGGAUGCGGGAUGCUCUCAGAGCUUUGCCGGAAGCUCUGAGAGCAUGUUGGAGCGCCGGGUGGAGGUUUUCACAUGCUUGCAGGUUCCGAUACCAAUCUUCCAAAGGCCUGACGUAUACGAGGUUCACAACAUCAGGUGUACGGGAACAGCAUCUUUUAGGAAGGGGAAAAUAAGAAAGGAUUGGGCAUGGGUAUCGGUAGGUUCCUCAGAGCAGUGGGGAGUGUUUCGGGGACGCUUACCAGGACGUGUGGAGGCUCUGUUCAAGGUGCGGGAUAGCACAGGGCGCGCACAUAGACUAUGUGUAGUUGAGCUGCUUGAGGCGAAGGAUCGUGGUAUCGCUGAUAGCUCACAUGGGCUGCUGAAGGUCUGUAGGAGGAGGAGGAAGAGGAUGUGGGUCGUGAAUAUUCGGAGUAUAUUAGGAAUGGCCCAUUUGUUCAAGGUGGAUGCUGGCAAUUGGCUGGUAAAUACUAGGAUAGAUUUGCGUACGUGGAAUGAAUUCAGUUGA